CAUCUACCACCUCAAUUCAUCCUUAAUUCCCACCAUAUAUACAUAUAUAUAAACCCCUUAGCAAUCUCUCCAAAUAUAUGCAUUCUUUUCUAACCCACUCUUGUUCUACUCAACUACUUCAUUUAGGUUCUAUUCCCCCAUCAUAAUGUCGAGCAGACGAUCCGCAGGAACUCCAAGGAUCACAGACGAUCAGAUCAUAGAACUCAUCUCCAAACUUCAGCAACUUCUUCCUGAGCUUCGAAAUCGUCGUUCCAACAAGGCAUCGGCUUCAAAGGUGUUACAAGAGACGUGCAACUACGUGAGAAGCUUGCAUAAGGAGGUUGAUGACCUUAGUGAUCGUCUAUCACAGUUAUUGUCCACCAUUGAUGACAAUAGCCCUCAAGCUUCCAUCAUUAGAAGUUUAAUUAACUAAUUAAGUAUAAGUAUAUAGAUAAGUACUUCAAUUAUUUCUUAAAUAUUAGUCUUAUGGAUAUUCCCUGUUUGACUGUUUCCAAUCCAUAUUUGUAUUUGAUCCAUCAAAUUAUAGUUUGUGAUGAUAUUAUAUAUAUUUGUUUCUAUGUGCA